AUGUCGAGUAAGCAGUCGGAUGUGUUAGAACGAAUUCGCGGGAAGAUGGAGAUGCCGGAUGGCAAGGUCGGGGAGCCCAAACGGAAGGUGGCAGAGAAGCAGCUCACAGCCCCACACUUCCCCGUGGUGGUCAAGCUGGGACAUGCCCACGCUGGAAUGGGAAAGAUCAAAGUAGAAAACCAGCACGACUACCAGGACAUCACCAGCGUGGUAGCCAUGGCCAAAACCUACGCCACCACGGAGGCCUUCAUUGACUCCAAGUACGACAUCCGCAUCCAGAAAAUCGGAUCCAACUACAAGGCUUACAUGAGAACCUCCAUCUCUGGGAACUGGAAGGCCAACACAGGCUCUGCCAUGCUGGAGCAGGUGGCCAUGACAGAGAGGUACAGGCUGUGGGUGGACAGCUGCUCAGAAAUGUUUGGCGGCCUGGACAUCUGUGCUGUCAAGGCUGUCCACAGCAAGGAUGGCAGAGACUACAUCAUUGAGGUAAUGGACAGCUCCAUGCCCCUGAUUGGAGAGCACGUGGAAGAGGACAAACAGCUGAUAGCCGACCUUGUUGUGUCCAAAAUGAGCCAACUCCCAAUGCCAGGGGGCAAAGUGCCCUCGCCCCUGAGACCUUGGGCUCAGCAGACUAAAUCAGCAAAAUCCCCAGGGCAAUCACAGCUGGGGCCUCAGCUAGGACAGCCCCAGCCACGCCCACCUCCACAAGGGGCCCCUCGCCAAGCUCAGCCUCCUCAGCCCCCAAGAUCUGGAAGCCCCUCCCAACAGAGGCUCUCACCACAAGGCCAGCAGCCCCUGAGCCCCCAGUUGGGAUCUCCACAGCAGCAGAGGUCUCCAGGCUCUCCUCAGCUAUCCCGGGCAUCCAGUGGCAGCUCCCCAAACCAGGCCUCCAAGCCGGGCAUCACCUCACAGCCCCGGCCCCCUGUGCAGGGCCGCAGCACCUCCCAACAGGGUGAAGAGUCCAAGAAGCCAGCACCACCCCAUCCCCAUCUCAACAAAUCUCAGUCCCUGACUAACAGCCUCAGCACAUCUGACACCUCCCAGCGUGGGACCCCAAGUGAAGACGAGGCCAAGGCCGAAACCAUCCGCAACCUGAGGAAGUCCUUCGCCAGCCUGUUCUCUGACUAACCCUACAUGGGCCGGGGAGGAGUGCUCUGUUACACUCGCCCCUCUCCUGCCUCAUCUUCCAUCUCGGCCUUGGUUCCUGAUGGAAACAGAAUGGCAGGCCUGAGAACAUACUUUCUAAAUGCCUUUGAUCCAGGAACUGAUUAUCUCUGUGUUCCCAUUUUCCUUUUCCAUGACAUUCCAACGUUGUCUGACUGAGUGCUAGGCCUUUGAGAUCCUCCCGGUUUUUCACAAAGGGCCUUGAAAAUGGGCAUCCCAUCACUUUGCCCACCCACAUACUUGCUCCCUGCCUCAGAUAACCAAAUGAGAUGUCGGGGUGAGGCUGUUUUCAUAUUUCUUGUCAGCAUUUUGCUUGUCUUUGAGCAGAGGCUCCCUCUCGGCUUUGCCCCGCCUCCAUCAAAUGCAGACACUGUAAUCAGACCUCAUCAACAUAGGAGGCAAUAAUCUUUUAAUGGUGUUUCGUAAACAAGAGAAAAGCCCAGCCAGGGAAACUUACCACCUACCCAAGCUAGUUUCCAUCCACGCUCUAGACCUCCUCUCAGACCAGCCAGGCAAAGGCCCCAUCACAUCUGGCCACCAGUGGGAUCUUAAGGACAAUGGAAAGAAACCAGUCCUAGUGUGACGACUGGGACUUUUGAGAACACCACAGAAACAGAGGGGAAACCCUUGUAAUGCAAUUCAUGCCCAAAGCGUUAUCCUUAAUUGGACAGUGAGAAGAGACCACCGGUUCUCGCAGGAAUCAUUACUGGUUCCCAGAGGAGAAAGAGGCUGCUUCUGCACCCAUUCUGUGUUACACCACAGUUUGUUCUCUCUGACCUGCCAUCAGGAAUGUUGUUUCUUUCGCAAGGAUAUAUCAGGAACCAGACAGAAUCAACAGGUCAAUGAUACAGGAUCAGAAAGCACAAUGAUAGAAGCUUCUCAUACAGCAUUUCACAACUGUAUAGCAAGGCAUUGGUAGGUUACUCAACUUCAAAAGGAUCCCACUGUCAAAUAUGUUUAGGAAACACUUAAUAUUUCUUUUCUGGAGAUGCAUAGUAUACAUGUCAAAGGUUUUGUAAUUCCUGCAGGAAAUAAAUCGGCUUUAACUUUAACCCAAAUUUACUAAACAAGUUAACUACA